UCAAUUGCUAUCACGGCUUGGCCGCACUGGGUGAAUCCUUAGGCGACACCACCAUGAAACACGUGGGCCAACUGAUGCUGGCCACUGAGAUUCGAUCGGUCAGGGAGUACUGGCAUGUCAGGGCCCAUAAUAGACAUAUAUUCCCUCCAAUCCUCCAAGGUUACGGAACUAUCGGCCAACUUGCCGAAGAUGCUAUUUUCUACUACACCCUGAACUGGCCGUGCUGGCCUUACGAAUUCCCCAUGAGGCACGCAUGUCUGGUGGGAAUACAGCUCAUUCCAGUCAUGUCCGUCUCCAACCUUUUUAUGGAUUACGAAUGGGCAUCCAGUGUCAAGGACGUGUGCACCUGGGCCAACAACCCUUGGUCGGCACCAGGCGCGGAUAAGGUGGCUCCCUCUAUACUCAAACCAGUCAGUACGGGUUGGGGCGCCUUCUGUCAUUCCAUAACAUCCCAGUUAGGAGGCCAGCACCGCACUGAUGCCGCAAACUAUAUCAGGGACAGAAACUACGGAGAGAUGGUCGGAGGUUCCGGGGUAGCCAGUACACUUCUUUAUAUCUACGGCUCUACCUAGAUAAAUUUUCUUCAAUAAAUAUAUCU